AUGUCCCAGGAUAGGCCGAGGGCCAAAUUGAGCAACAGAGUUAGAAACCAUGUGAGCGAUGAUCCCUUGGUUCCUCUCCUUGCACCAGUUGUUCCAACACCUAACCAUCAUCGAGCAGUGGAUUCUACUCUUGUUUCAUUGAGUGCCCUGUCGAGCAAUUUGAGUGAGGCUUCCCCUGGAGGAGAUGGUGAUUUUGAUGACGCUGAUGCUUCCCAUGGUGGUUAUGAUGAUGCCAAGGAGGCUACACAUUCUGAUGCUAUCUCUUCAUAUGCUGAUCUCCUAUGGGCAGACGAUGAUCAACCUACAGAGGUGAUUGCUUUGGUAAUUGAUAUCAUCGUGUGGUGGUCUGUCAUUGUAUUAAAUAUGGAAAAUGCAACUAUAGGAUGUUUCUAUCCCAUCUGGGAAGCAGCUUCUGUUGAUGAAUGGCUAUACAACGGUGGUCCCUAUGAGCUAAUCGUUCUACACUUCCUACUUGGUGUAGCUUGCUAUAUGGGUCGUGAGUGGGAGCUUAGCUUCCGUCUAGGUAUGCGUCCUUGGAUUGCUGUUGCAUAUUCAGCUCCAGUAGCAGCAGCUGCUGCUGUUUUCUUGAUUUACCCUAUUGGUCAAGGAAGUUUCUCUGAUGGUAUGCCUCUAGGAAUCUCUGGUACUUUCAAUUUCAUGAUCGUAUUCCAGGCUGAACACAAUAUUCUUAUGCAUCCAUUUCACAUGUUAGGUGUAGCUGGCGUAUUCGGCGGCUCUCUAUUUAGUGCUAUGCAUGGUUCCUUGGUAACUUCGAGUUUGAUCAGGGAAACUACCGAAAAUGAGUCUGCUAAUGCAGGUUACAAAUUUGGUCAGGAAGAAGAAACCUACAAUAUUGUAGCUGCUCACGGUUAUUUCGGCCGAUUGAUCUUCCAAUAUGCUAGUUUCAACAACUCCCGUUCUCUACAUUUCUUUUUAGCUGCUUGGCCAGUAGUAGGUAUCUGGUUUACUGCUUUGGGCAUCAGCACUAUGGCUUUCAACUUAAAUGGAUUCAAUUUCAACCAAUCUGUUGUUGACAGUCAAGGUCGUGUAAUUAACACUUGGGCCAAUAUCAUUAAUCGUGCUAACCUUGGUAUGGAAGUGAUGCACGAGCGUAACGCUCACAACUUCCCUCUGGAUCUAGCUGCUGUUGAAGCUAAUUCUAUAGACGGCUAAUCACUCAAUCCGAUGAAUUGUUAGUGUCUUUCAAUCCUUGAAAAGCAAAAAAGAAAGCAGUACCAAAACCGAAAGGUUUGGUACUGCUUUUUUCCGUCUAAUUUUUCCGUCAUAAAACUAAAAGUUAUUGCGAGCAGAGCACAAUAACUUUUAUUGUGCAUCCAGCAGGAAUUGAACCCGCGACUUCCCAAUUAUGAGUUGGGUGCUU